AUGGCCGUGCCCAACACCAUGAAUAGCCUCACAACGCUCAUCAAGCGGCUCGAGGCUGCGACGUCUCGCCUCGAGGACAUAGCUACCUCGACCGACCUCCCCGAGGACGUGUCCGCUCUGGACCAGUCCGCCGCCUCGGCACCCAAUACUUCCACCGCCACCAAAGGCCCCCCUGGCUCCAAACCGUCCACCUCCGAGCCGCUUCCCGAAUCCAUUGAUGAGUUUGAUGUUUUGCUCAGCUCCUCGGUCGACAAAUACGCCAAGCUCAGCAAGCAAUUGGGAGGCGUGGUUGCACAGCAGGCCGCUGAGGUUGUAAAGGGUUUCCAGGAACAACGCAGAUUUCUUCUCAUAACAACCAGGGCUGCCAAGCCGGACCUCGACGCAUACCAGAACCUCCUGAAGCCAACCAACGAAGCCCUCGAAGCUGUCACCGAUCUCAAGGAAUCAAAUCGAUCCGACCCUAUGCAGCCGCAGCUGAGCGCCGUCGCCGAUGGCAUCAUGAUGCUGGCAUGGGUCACUGUCGAUAACCGCCCCUACAAGCAUGUCGACGAAUGCCUUGGCUCUGCCCAGUUCUUCGGAAACAGAGUGCUUAAGGAGCACAAAGAUAGGGACCCCAAGCAAACUGAUUGGGUUCACUCAUUCUACCAGCUCUUCCGCGACCUUGCCGCGUAUGUUCGGCAAUACUUUCCCUCCGGUGUCUCAUGGAACGCACAAGGAGAGCCAGCGCUGGACGUGGCCAAAGCCUUGUCGGCGACCUCAGGUCCUAUCAAUUCCGGUGGUGCCCCGCCGCCGCCGCCUCCGCCGGGGCCGCCUCCAGUCUUGGACGUCCAGACGGAAACGUCCCGGGCUGCGCCAUCUUCCGGAGGACUCGAGGCAGUCUUCUCGGAGUUGAACAAGGGUGCGGCCGUCACAGAGGGCUUGCGAAAGGUCGACAGGUCAGAGAUGACGCACAAAAAUCCUUCUCUCCGUGCUGGAUCAACCGUCGCGGAUCGGCAGUCACCCGCCCGAGCAAAAAGCCCCGCCCCAGGCAAAAAGCCCAAACCUGAGAGCAUGCGUGUUAAGAAGCCUUCCAAAAAAGCUCUAGAGGGGAACAAGUGGACAAUUGAAAAUUAUGACGGGCAACCCCAGCCUGUCGAGGUUGAGGCUUCGUUGGCACAGUCGGUGCUCAUCAGUAGCUGCAACAAGACAACUAUUAUAAUCAAGGGUAAGGCCAACCAGGUCACUGUCGAGAACUCGUCUCGGCUCUCUCUCGUGGUCGAUACCCUAGUCUCGACCGUGGACGCCGUCAAGGUUCGAAACUUUGCGUUACAAGUCCUUGGCACCAUCCCCACUGUUAUGCUGGAUCAGGUCGACGGCGCUCAAAUCUACUUCAGCAAGGAGAGCACUGGUACAAAGCUCUUCACGAGCAAGUCGGACGGCAUAAACCUAAACGUUGUAUCCGGACCAGACGACGACUUCAAGGAAGUGCCAUUGCCGUCGCAGAUAUGCUCAUAUUACGACGAAGAAAAAGGGGUUUUGGUGAACGAGAUUGUGGCUCACGCUGGAUAG